UGUGGCUGCUGUGGUCGUGGGUGUCUCGGUGUCUCUUCAGCAGGUCGCGUUUCUGGUCCCUCCUGCCCUGUGCGGCCUGCCUAGAGCUCCUGGUUUGAGUUUACAGAAGUUGAUGAAGUUGAUACACAACCCUGAUUCCAGGACAGUGACUUCUAGGAAGGAGAUUGGGGCACUGGAUGUUGGUCCCAUUUUCUUUGGAGUGAAGGAGACGUGACAAACUUUGAAGGAUGGUGUCCUGUGAAUAGGAAUCCCACCUGGGGGAGCAUCAUUGUGGCCAGAACCCCCUCAGUACUGCUUCAGGGCAGAGGCAAAUGAGUCCCAGAAAGCUAUGCUGCCAGAGUGCGCUAUGGGUUUACAAGAGCAACAAAAGAUGAAUAAAUCUCCGGAGCUGGUAUCAUUUGAGGAUGUGGCUGUGGACUUCACCUGGGAGGAGUGGCAGGGCCUGAAUGAUGCUCAGAGGAAUUUAUAUUGGGAUGUGAUGCUGGAGACUUAUAGCAACCUGGUGUCACUGAAUGUCCAGAUAGAUGAUAACCUCAUGGAGAGGAACCAAGAAAGUUGUGGUAGAUGCUUGCAACAAAUUGUAAUCACCAACAGCAACACAUCAGCUGAAGAGAGAGUUGUGUUAGGAAAAUCAUUUUAUGUGAAUUCAUAUCAUUUUUUAAAUCUGAUUAUAAAUAAUGGGAACUAUUCCAGAAAGGGACAUGAGGAGUUUUACUUAUGUGAGAAUGCACUUCUUCCUAGAGAGCCUGAUGAGAUGCCUACUGGGGAGAAACAUUAUGACCAUCAUAUAACUGGAAAAUUGCCCAGACAUCAUGAACAUCUUAGUUAUCAUUGCAAUAUUCAAACUGGAAAGCAGCUUUUAGAAUACAGUGGAAAAUGGAAAUCUUCCUACACAGAGCCAAUAAUAUUUACACAUAGAAAGAUUCAUAUGGAUGAGACCACCUGUAAUUAUAGUGAAUAUGGGAAAGGCUGUAGUAAGUCAGCUGUCAUUACUGAAAAAAUAAAUCAGGUAGAAAGGAAAACUUUUCAAUGUGAUAUAUGUCAGAAAAUGUUCUACAAGAAAUCUGAACUCACUAAACAUCAGAUAAUGCAUACAGGAGAGAAACACUAUGAAUAUACCGAGUGUGAGAAAUCUUGUAUGAAGAAAUUAUACCUUACCUCACAUCAAAGAACACCUACACAGGAGAAGCUUUAUUGUUGUGGUGAAUAUGAGAAAAUUUUUUUUCAGAAGUCAGACCCAACAGGAGAAAUGUACUAUGGAAGUAUUAAUUGUGGAAAAAGCUUCUGUGAGAAUUCACUCCUCAGCCAUCCUGAGAGAAUUCACACAGGUGAAAUAACAGAUGGAUGUAAUGAAUGUACAAAACUUUUCUACCAUGAAUCCGCCCUCACUGCAUAUCAGAGAAUUCCCACAAGUGAGAAACCAUGUAAAGAAUAUAAAAAAAUUUUUUACAUUAAUAAGUGUGGUAAAGCCUUUCUCCAAAAGUCAGACUGCAACAGUCAUCAGAGAAUUCACACAGGUGAAAAACCAUAUGAAUGUAAAGAAUGUGGAAAAACUUUUAAUCACAAGGGAGAAUUCAGCAGGCACAAGAGAACGCAUAGAGUUGAGAAACCAUAUGAAUGUAAAGACUGUGGAAAAGCUUUUACCCACAAGUCAUGCUUCAGCAUUCAUCAGAGAAUUCACACAGGUGAGAAACCAUAUGAAUGUAAUGAAUGUGGAAAAGCUUUUAGCCGAAAGUCACACUUGAACGUUCAUCAGAGAAGUCACACAGGUGAGAAACCAUAUGAAUGUAAAGAAUGUGGGAAAGCUUUUAGCCAAAAGUCAUACUUCAGCAUUCAUCAGAGAAUUCACACAGGUGAGAAACCAUAUAAAUGUAAUGAAUGUGGAAAAGCUUUUAGCCAAAAGUCAUACUUCAACAUUCAUCAGAGAAGUCACACAGGUGAGAAACCGUAUGAAUGUAAAGACUGUGGAAAAGCUUUUACCCACAAGUCACACUUGAAAAUUCAUCAGGGAAUACACACAGGUGAGAAACCAUAUGAAUGUAAAGAAUGUGGAAAAGCUUUUAGCCGAAAGUCACACUUGAGAAUUCAUCAGGGAAUUCACACAGGUAAGAAACCAUAUGAAUGUAAAGACUGUGGAAAAGCUUUCACCCGCAAGUCACCCCUCAGCAGGCAUCAGAGAAUUCACACGGGUGAGAAACCAUAUGAAUGUAAAGAAUGUGGAAAAGCUUUUACCCGAAUGUCAUACUUCAGCAUUCAUCAGAGAAGUCUCACAGGUAAGAAACUAUAUGAAUGUAAAGACUGUGAAAAAGCUUUUACCCACAAGUCAUGCUUCAGCAUUCAUCAGAGAAUUCACAGAGGUGAGAAACCAUAUGUAUGUAAAGACUGUGGAAAAGCUUUUAACCAAAAGUCAUACUUCAGCAUUCAUCAGAGAAUUCACACAGGUGAGAAACCAUAUGAAUGUAAAGACUGUGGAAAAGCUUUUAGGGAAAAGUCACAACUCUGCAGGCAUGAGAGAAUUCACACAGGUGAGAAACCAUAUGAAUGUAGAGAAUGUGGAAAAACUUUUAACCGAAAGUUUAACCUCAGGAUUCAUCAGAGAAAUCACACAGGAGAGAAACCGUAUGAAUGUAGAGAAUGUGGAAAAACUUUUAACCAAAAGUCAAACCUCAGCAGGCAUCAGAAGAGUCACACAGGUGAGAAACCAUAUGAAUGUAAAGAAUGUGGAAAAGCUUUUAACCAAAAGUCACACUUCAGCAUUCAUCAGAGAAUUCACACAGGUGAGAAACCAUAUGAAUGUAAAGACUGUGGAAAAGCUUUUAGGGAAAAGUCACAACUCAGCAGGCAUGAGAGAAUUCACAUGGGUGAGAAACCCUAUGAAUUUAAAGAAUGUGGAAAAGCUUUUAGUGAAAAGUCAUACUUCAGCAUUCGUCAGACAACUCACACAGAUCAGAAACCAUGUUAAUGUAAAGACUGUGGAAAAGCAUUUAAGCCAAAGGUAGACCUCAGAAGGCAUGAAAAAACUCACACAGGUGAGAAACCAUAUGAAUUUGCAGAUGAAUGCAAAGAGUGGAAAAAAUUUUAACCACAAGUCACACCUAAGCAGCCAUCAAAGAGUUUGCAUAGGUGAGAAACCAUGUGAAUGUAAGGGAUGUGGGAAAAGUUUACUGGAACUCACCAUAGUAGACAUGAACAAAUUCACAUAUGGGAAAAUCCCAAUAAAGAUAACGGCUGUGGGAGAAGGUUUUACCGUAAAUCUUCCAUCACAUUUUAUCAAAGAACUCACACCAAGAAGAAGCCCUAUAAAUGCACAACUGUCCCUUGGUGUCAGAGGUUGGUUCCAAGAGCCCCUGUUGAUGAAAAUACUUGCAAAUGAUGAAGCCCCUUUUAUAAAUGGUGUAGUGUUUCGAUAUUAACUAUGAGCUUUUUUCU